CAAUACAAUCAUAACAUUAAUUGCACAAAUUGUACUGCCAGAUGAUGAAAUGAUAUUACUCUGAACGUUGGAUUUAAUUGGAUAUAUACAUACACCGUAAAGUGUUUUUACACUGAAAUAUUCAGUACUCAUUACUCGAACAAUGUGUUUUCAUUGAACACAUGUGCAACCCUUAUUCAUUCCCUCUUCUACCAUUUUUUUAUCCUGUUCGAGAGAUAAGCAAUUGUGAGAAUGGAUAACAAAGAUUUUUAUCAUCGCCUCCCGAAAGUGGAACUGCAUGCUCAUAUUAAUGGCUCAAUCAGUGAGGAGACAAUAAAAAAAUUAUUGAAGAGAAAAGGGCGAGAGGAAGAGAUAUCAAAUGUACGAUUUGACAAGAAACAGACAGAACCUCUGGAAGAUUCUUUCAAAAGAUUGAAGUUGAUGCAAACAUUAUCUGAUUGUGCAGAAGACAUAUAUAUUAUAACAUGUGAUGUGAUUCAAGAAUUUGCUGCAGACAAUGUAAAAUAUCUUGAAUUGAGGAGUACUCCAAGGGAGAUCACUGCUACAGGCCUGUCUCGUGAGCUGUAUGUGGAGGCAGUGUUGAAAGCCAUUAAGGACACAUCUUAUCUUGAUAUUAUUGUCCGUUUCCUCCUCUCAAUUGACCGGCGACUGGGAGUGGAUAUUGCACUAACAACUAUGAAGCUAGCAGAACGUUAUCGAGACAUCAGUAAUGGAGUGGUGAUAGGAAUAGAUUUCAGUGGAGAUCCAAAGGUUGGUGAUGCAAGGGACUAUUUGCCUGUAUUCAAUGAGGCCCACAAUAGGGGACUGAAGCUUUCCUUACAUUUGGCAGAGGUGCCUGCUCCUGAGGAAACAAAACACAUACUGCAGGAUUUGGGUGCAAGGACAGGACGGAUUGGUCACGGUACAUGUCUACAACCAGAAUGUGGUGGGAAUGAGACACUUGUUAAUAUGGUGCUACAGUACAGAAUACCACUAGAACUGUGUUUAACCUCCAAUGUAAAAGGUCAGACAGUUCCAAACUAUGAUCAACAUCAGUUCCAGUUCUGGUACAACAAAAACCAUCCUUGCAUUAUUGGUACAGACGACAAAGGCAUGUUUGAUACCACGUUGUCAGAGGAGUAUGCUAUAGCGGCCCGUACAUUUAAACUGGACAGACAGUCGGUAUGGACGCUGUCUCUUGCUAGCAUAGACGCCAUUUUUGCUGAUGACGUCGUGAAACAAACGCUUAGAAAUAAGUGGCAUGAACUGAAACCAACAUUAAAUAUAACUUAGAUUACAGUACCUGUGGUUUUUGUACUAAUGCGAUGAUUUUAGGUGUUUCUGGGUGUAGAAAGGCACCCUUCUCAGAGACUGACAACAGAAGACGUGUUUUUCCCAGAGACACUGACAACAAACAAGGCUGUCACACAACAAACAUGACAGCACUUUCCUUACCAUUGAAAACAAUUGAGCAUCGAUGUCGCAGUGUUGGACAUCAAUAAACCUAUUGUACAACGACCAGGAGUGGAUAAAAGGGGGACACGGAUGCGAUGAACACUUAUUGUUAUAAUUGGCCAAUAACAGUUUUAAAAUAAGACGUUGAUAUUCAUUAAUGAAUGUUUUUGUGUUUGGUAUUUUACAAUUAUUGGUAAUGAACAAAAAUGAUGUGAUUACUAAUCCAUAUAUUUACAUUUUACAUUCAGGUAGUUUUUCCCAAUCUUAUUUCUUAAAAUAAAAUGAAAAAAAUAUAUAGCGCGUAUACUGUACACCCGUAUUAGGAUAGCGGUCAGUUGAUGGAACAUCUACUUUUCACGAGAACACCCGACUGUUAUGGGCAACUGAAAUACGAAAAGUAAACAAAUCAUAUGUACUUUCACAGGUGGACAUGUCUUUUGAUUUAUACAUAAUUUCUUAACAGGAGAAAUACUGAUGUGAUACUUGUUAAUUACAUGUAGUGCAAUGGUUGGUUGGAUAUUAAGUCUCUUGACUGAUACGAAGCUAUGUUCGAUCUAUGGAAAAGUAACAUAAAAGUUUAACUUGAUGAAAAAACGUAUAGCAGAUGAAAUUAAUGAUAAUAC